AAGCCUACUGAACCAGCUACUGAAGCCUUGCCCAGUAAACAACAACGUUCCCUCUCACGCCAACAUUCCCCAUCGCAUUCUCAUAAACCGCUCAACCCCAAACCAAACGAACCAAACAAACCAAAUCCAAAGCACAGACGAAAAUACUCCCGGUAAUCAUAUCGACCAUGACGAGCCAAGAUCGCGGCGGCAGCAUUGCAGAAUCGAUUGCCGAUAUGGGGGCAGGAGUCCGCAUCGUUGCCUCCGAGGUCUGGCAUCUCCAGCGUGGCUCGUUUACGAAUCGCACCAGCUCGGACGAAGAAGUAGUAAAUCAAAAGGAGGAACGAUCUUUCCUCAGGGUUCUUACCGAUGCCAUCUAUGAUUCGGCCACUCGAUUGUUGAUUAUCAACGCAGAGCUCCGAGUGAUGGAGAGCCAUCUGGGAGGAUCUCAUCGGGAAGAAGAGCCCACUCGCUGUUAGUCGAGGAUCAGAUCGGCUGGAUUGCCUACCGUACAUUGCAUCUACAUCGUCAUGAGCGCUGCAAACCACGACCACAAUUAGUUUGACCCACAUCAACCACAUUCAGCCACAUUCAGCCACAGACGACUUCAAAGACCCGUCUUCCAUCAACGAGUGAGCUGCUGCUCAGCAGCCCUCUCCUGGCUACGGUACGGUGCUGCCUACGGCUGUGCUGAAAAUCUCUUUUCCCUUCCUCUUGAUGCUGAUCCGCUUCGUCCGGGGGCUUUUGAUUUUGGGCCGGCGGGGGCGACCGGAAUCAUCAAGACUUGUUAGAAAUAGUUGUAUACUAAGCAUUAUUAGAAUAAAUGAACGAUAACAUUACUCUUUGUGC